AUGGAGAGGUCAAAGUCAAGGUUGAGUUCUCCAGAACGAGCCAGUUCCGUGGCGUCAAGGGCUACGGCAUCGCGCACCAGCAGUCAGGAAAAGCUAGACGAUAUUGAAAAGUCGUCAACUGCUGUCGGAAGCCCGCAAACCUCUCCACUUGAAUUUAAACCGGAGGCCGACCUUGAAAAGCUACCUGGCCACGGGAAACCACGCAGAGAGUCGGAAUCUACCAAGUUUGGCGGUGAAGAAGAGAACCCAAAUGUCAACGUAUCGUUUCACAGACCAUCCUCUCCGUCCACUGUUCACAAGGUCAAGGGCUCCACCUACCAGAAUGUCGGCGAGAGCGGGAUUAAGAGAAUGCACAAAUUCUCGCUCUACGAAACCAGUACCCGCUUCUACCUCAUCGGUGCCGAUAUCACAGACAGGCAGUUUCGCGUGCUGAAGAUUGACCGGACUGCUGCACCUGGGCACUUGAACAUCUUCGAAGAUGAUAUAGUGUACAAUCGGCGAGAGAUGCAUCAGCUUCUGGAUACCAUAGCUGACGGUAACAAGGCCACAGGAGGCAUGAAACUAAAGUGCAGCACGUGGGGUCUAUUAGGCUUCAUCCGGUUCACGGAAGCGUACUACAUGCUUCUGAUAUCGAAAAGAUCACAAGUGGCAAUGUUGGGCGGCCAUUAUAUCUACCAGGUCGAUGGUACGGACAUGGUUCCACUAACGACUGGAUCAACAUCAAGGUACCAGAAAGACCGCAACCCGGAAGAAGCGAGAUUCUUGUCUAUCCUCAACAACAUGGACCUCACACGAUCUUUUUACUUUAGCUAUUCUUACAACGUGACAAGAAGCUUGCAACAGAACAUCAUUCAUCAACGGACUGCACUUGGUGAAGGUAUCUCCAACCCUGAACGCGAUUUCCAGAACAUGUUUGUCUGGAACCAUCAUCUCCUGAACCCUGCGCGAGAUGCAUUGAAAAAUGUGUACGAUUGGUGCCACCCAGUAAUACAUGGGUACGUGGACCAGUCUUCGCUGGAUAUAUUUGGGCGACGCGUGUACCUUACCAUCAUUGCUCGGCGAUCAAGACAUUUCGCGGGUGCUCGUUUCCUCAAGCGCGGGACGAAUGACCUCGGAUAUGUCGCCAAUGACGUCGAGACAGAACAGAUUGUGUCUGAGCAGACUACCACGUCCUUCCAUGCUCCUGGGCCACGACUGUAUGCAAAUCCGUCCUACACAUCCUAUGUCCAACACCGUGGUAGCAUACCGCUAUAUUGGACUCAAGACAAUACUGGUGUGACGCCAAAGCCCGACAUCGACCUGAGCCUCGUGGAUCCCUUUUACAGCGCGGCAGGACUGCACUUUGACAACUUGUUUGAGCGGUAUGGUGCUCCUGUAUACGUCCUCAACCUCAUCAAGGCGCGAGAGCGAACCCCGAGAGAAUCCAAGUUGCUCUACGAGUACAAACACGCUAUCGACUACCUCAACCAGUCCCUACCGAAUGACAAAAAGAUAAUCUAUGAAGCGUUUGACAUGUCAAGGGCGGCCAAGACGAGAGGGCAAGAUGUCAUUGGCACCUUGGAGAAUCUGGCCGAAAAGGUCUUGCGUAAGACUGGAUUCUUCCGUAACGGCGACGACGAGUUUGAUGCACCUCAAGUUCAAAAUGGAGUGGCGCGGACAAACUGCAUCGACUGCUUGGAUAGAACAAAUGCUGCUCAAUUUGUCAUUGGAAAGCGGGCGCUAGGUCGACAGCUGCAAGCGUUGGGUGUCAUCUCCGGCAACACAGUGGAGUACGAUUCCGACUGUGUUGAACUCUUCACGCAGAUGUUCCACGGACACGGUGAUACCAUUGCGAUUCAGUAUGGUGGCUCACAUCUCGUUAACACGAUGGCUACGUACCGGAAGAUCAAUCAGUGGCAAAGUAGUUCGCGUGACAUGGUUGAGAGCUUCAAGCGCUACUAUCACAACUCCUUCCUCGACUCGCAGCGUCAAGAGGCCUACAAUCUGUUCCUAGGCAAUUAUGUCUACCAUCAACGCCAACCAAUGUUGUGGGAUUUAUCAACAGAUUACUAUCUGCAUCAUCAAGAUCCAAAAGCAUUCCUCGAACGCACGCGACGCGAUUAUAUUCAAUGGUAUACACUUUCGCAUCUUCAACAGCGCAAAUUACCACCUUCAGUCAUGCCAGCUCGACCAACUGAAGAAACGGCGUUUGACUUUAUCAGCUUUCGUGAUGACUAUUGGCUCGAGUACUACAGGCCAUUAGCCAUCUCAUCGUAUCUCAAGAUCUUCGCCUUUCGUUUAGCUAAGCCACGGCCAGGUCGGGAUAGCAGAGAUGGAACAUAUCCAACUCGCAAGGAAAACAUGUCACCGUUUGUUCCUCGCACCAAGCAACAAGAUCACGACGCACAUGGAAGAGACGGAAAGAAAGGUCCUCGAAAAGGCGUGACCAUAUUUGAUCCGUCCAGCGAGACAGAGUUAAAACCUGAUCACAUUCCUAACAAUCGCAGGAGAGAUCUACAUCUUAGCGUUGAUUCAUCAGUCCGACAUUCGAUUCUCCGAGAUCCACACUUCGAAACCUACCCACCAGCCCCUCCGCCAUCAGCAUAUCAGUCUUUGGCAAAUUCAGCGUCGACAUCAACUGGUCUCUCAUCUACAAUCAAGCCCGGCUUCAAGCCCGCCGAUAAAGCCCUAGUCCACCAGUGGACAUUAACGCAAUUCUACGAGAACAGCAUGAACCCAUCGGUAUCCCACGGCGAAGAAGAAGAAUACGCCCGCUACAUUGAGCACCCACUCAACCUACCUCUCGUAAUCAGCAGUGAAAUGCCCAGCGCCGACGACCCUAGCGCAAUGGAAUUCUACGAUUACCUUUCCAUGACCGAAGGCAGCAUCCCCGCACCAAAAGACUUUGACGAAGACGGCGUGCAGAUCACUCUCUCUGAUUUACCUCGCCUAGACAUGGAUCGCUCGGCCCACCACUCCUUUGCCCGCCCCAUGACCUCGCAGUCAGUCAGCACACCCUUCUCCCACGCACCUUCUUACUCAUACCCACAAACGUACAAUCUCUAUCCACACGUCUACUCUGAUAUCCAGCAGCCGCCCCCACAGUCGCAGUCUAUUGGAAGCAAGUUCCAGACGCCAGAAGAGGAUAUCGAGGAGUUUGAAGAGUUUCUAAGGGUCAAGGAGAACCCAUUGGAUGUUGAGGAGGAAGAUACGGCCAAGAAGAGGUACAAGGCGUACCGGCAGUGGUUGAGAGGCAAGAGUUUCUUCAAGCAGAGUAAGGUUGAUCCGGAGUGGCAGGCACAAUUACCUGUGAGAUAG